CAAAAGACAAGUUUGGUGGUGAUCUUUAGCCAUGUUUCUUUAUUCUUGAUCUUUUUGCAUUAUUUCACUUUUAGAAUAUAUUUAAAGCACAGUUUAGGAAAAAAACCAAUCUGCCAAACAUCUGGCACAUUUCCUGCUGCCUUCGCCCCUUGGAGUGGGAAAAGAAACCAUCCUCCUUUAAUUGGUAUGUUUGAAAAAAACCAGGAAGGAAUCACUAAAUUAAUGCAAAAAAUCAAACAUCUUUCUCUUGUAGAGGAAAUAUUUUGUGAAGCUGCAAUUCUUGAUUUAGGGUUGCACAUCUCCAUAUACACCUCUGCAGCACGGCUGAGCCUCAGCUCCUACAUCAUCAUUUGAAUCGUUUUGAUCAGUAGUUUUUAUUUUUAGGCAAAACUCAAAAGUAUCAGCAGAAGACAAGCGCACACAGAAGGGACAGCCAGCCCCACUCCCCUCCCCAGUGUCUCCAUCACCAGUUCCCAGGUAUGGUUUUGGAAUUUUGGAAUCUGGAGCUUCUGGGCUCUGCCUGCUCCAGGCUGGGCUGGACUCCAGGUUUGCUGAAGCCUCCAUGGAACUGGGCUUGUGUCAGUCCAACGCCUUUUGGGCUCCUGGUUUCCGUGCCUUUGAUGUGUGGCGGUCCCUCGGUGCCUGGGGCCGUGGGAGUGUUGGUGUCCCAGCUGUCCCCGUGCCGGGGAGGCUCCGGGCUGGAUGUGUGCAUCAGGAUCCCCGUGUCUGCUGUUCCACCUUGAACCUCAUGGACACCACGUCCCUGAUCCCCGCCUCGAUCUCAUCGUUGGCCUCCACGGAGCCGACUCCUUUGGGAGAGCCCGUGAGGAUCAAGUCCCCUUCUUCCAAGGUGAAGAUGUGGCUGAUGUAGCUGAUCAGGUAAGGGAUGGAGAAGAUCAUGGAGGAGGUGUCCCCCUCCUGCCUCAGCUUCCCGUUCACCUUCAGCCAGAUCUGCAGCUUGUGCGGGUCAGGGAUCUUCUCCUUGGGCACGAAGUCACUGACGGGGCAGGACGAGCCGAAGCCUUUGGCCAAGGUCCAGGGCAGCCCCUUCUUCUUGCACUCCUCCUGCGUGUCGCGGGCCGUCAUGUCCAGGCACAGGGCAUAACCUGCCACAUGCUCCAUGGCCGCGUCCUGCGGCACGGCCCGGGCCCUGCGGCCGAUCACCACCCCCAGCUCCACCUCGUGGUGCAGGUUCCGGCAGUAGUAGGGCCGCAGGAUGGGGGAUCCCUCCCGCACGUAGGCCGAGGAGGGCUUGAGGAAGAAGAGCGGCUCGGCGGGCAGGGCGCUGCCCAUCUCCUUGGCGUGCUCCGCGUAGUUGCGCCCCACGCACACGAUGUUCCUGCCCCACUCCCAGAAGCGGGACAGCGGCUUGGAGCUGCCCAUGGCCGCCCUUGCCGCGUCCUUGCCGGGCCCCGCACGGCGCUGCCGCUCCUCCUCCGCGGGCCGGGGCUGAGGGCCGGGCCGGGGCCGGGCGGGCUCAGCGCCGCCCCCGCGCACGCCGGGCCGGGCCGGGCCGGGCCGUGCCGGCGCUGCCGCCGCCUCCUGGGGCGGACAGCCAAGGAGCCUUCUCCAGAGGAACACUCUGCAGGUCCAGCACAGCUGCGAGCUAAAUUCCUGCACACGGAGCACGAGCUGAGGGAGCCCAAGACAGUGACCCAGGCCGACAUGAAGGUGGAAAUCCUGCCAGCCCUCACUGACAACUACAUGUACCUCCUCAUCGACCAGGACACCAGGGAGGCUGCUAUAGUUGACCCUGUGCAGCCCCAGAAGGUUUUGGAUGCAGUCAAAAAGCACGGCGUGAAGCUGACCACUGUCCUGACCACCCACCACCACUGGGACCAUGCUGGAGGCAACGAGAAGCUGGUGAAGAUGGAGCCGGGGCUGCGCGUGUACGGGGGGGACGGCAGGGUGGGGGCCCUGACGCAGAAAGUUUCCCACCUGACAGCUCUCAAGGUGGGAUCUCUAAGUGUGAAAUGCCUCAGUACGCCGUGUCACACCUCGGGACACAUCUGUUAUUAUGUGACUAAGCCAAAUAGCUCCGAGCCACCUGCAGUUUUUACAGGUGACACCCUGUUCGUGGCUGGCUGUGGCAAGUUCUUCGAGGGCACCCCCGAGGAGAUGUACAAGGCACUGAUCGAGAUUUUGGGCAGCCUGGACCCCAAAACGCGGGUUUACUGUGGCCAUGAGUACACCAUCAACAAUCUCAAGUUUGCUCGGCACGUGGAGCCCAGUAACCCCAGUAUCCAGGAGAAGCUGGCCUGGGCCAAGGCACAGUACGACAGUGGAGAGCCCACCAUCCCCUCCACCAUCGCCGAGGAGUUCACCUACAACCCCUUCAUGAGAGUCAGGGAGAAGUCGGUCCAGGAGCACGCCGGGGAGAGCGACCCUGUGCGGGCCAUGGGGGCCAUCAGGAAGGAGAAGGACAACUUCCGAGUGCCCAAGGACUGAGCACUGCCUGCAUCACUUUACUGUCACUGCAAGCGUCACUUAAACCAUUCAGAUGUUUUAGGAGUCAAAUCUUCUCUCGUGGUUGAGACAAGUUUUAUUUAGGUUUUUAUUUUGUCUUAAUUAAGGAAAAGAAAACAAAAAAAAAGCACUUUGCCCUCGUUGAGAUGUUCUACAGCUUAUUUAUAUUAUGAUGAAGAAUAUUUAUGGUUCUCUUGCUGUCUCUCAAGCUGUCAGGUGUCACCUGCAGAUCAUUGUGCAAGUGGUGGUGUGAGACUCGAGGCUGGGCAGGAUCAAUCCUGGAGGUGUAGGAAGAAGCUCCUGUUAUUUUUGUGGGAGCCUGAUGUGGAUGCAGAAGGUGGGACUGAGAUGUCUUUGCUUGAAGCAGAGACCACCUGCAGGAGCUGAAGAUUUCAAUGUUCCUUCCAUGCUGCUGCUUCAACAUUGUGAGCAUCGCUUCUGGCUCCACUAAAACCAGUUCCAGGGUCAGAGCUGCUGUGCCAGUGCUGCUCCAGGGUCCCCUGGGAGCUCCACGGGCUGCUCUGGCUCUGGGAGUGGCUCCUGGGGCCAUCAUCCAGCUUCUCUCUCAUCCCUGGCAAGGGCAGCAGGGAUGUCCCCAGGCAUUGCUCUGCUUGUGUCCUCUGAGUCCCCAGCCUGCUGCAUGAAUCUGCUCCCUGCUGUGCCCUGUGUGACCUGUGCCAGCCCAAAAAACCAGGCAGGGAUUUGUCAGAAUGCAGAAGCUCCUGGUGAGUGACUGACACCCCUGCAGCACCCCUGGGGGACAGGCUGAGCAGUUGGAACCUGUCCCCAGGUGAGCAGGGAUGUGGGCUGGCACCAGCUCUCCGUUUGCUUUAAAAUGCUGAAUUUUAUGUAGUUCAGAGGGAAAAGCGGUACCUAAAGCUGUGGUGUCUCCUGGAACGCUGUGCUGCCACACCAGAGUGUGACUGUGCUGAGGGCUGGGCAGAGGGGAAAUAAAUAACAGCUGGAAACAGAG